GUUAUGUUAUGUUUCCUUCAUUGCACGGUGUUUCUUCAUGGCACUGAAAAAGAUUAACAAGUACCAGUGAUGCGAUUUGAUCCUUCCCCAAAAAUCGUCGUUUUGCAUCAGGCUUUGAAAGAAUGGCAUAUAUUAUCUUGUGAGUGUGACUGCGUCAGCCACGCCAAAGCAACUAUCUACAUUUCCCACGAUUAAGGGAUGUAAAAAAUAGGACAUUUCCACAAAAUUAGUAAAGAAAAUAAUAAGUACUGGAUAUGAAAUGUAUCAUUAGUGUGUUAGGGUUUAACUUUAAUUUAGUUAAUUUCAUAACAAAAUUAUUUUGUUUGAUUUAUGUCACGUUUAAAUUGGAAACAAUCCUCUUACAUGUGCACAGACAUCACUUUUGCAUGAUCAGAGGGCAAAGUGUCCCAAGUAGAAUCCACACUGAGUUUACCAGCCUCUCAAUUUCCUGCUCGUGCAAGUACUGUCAUCCAUGUCGAUAAUAAAGAUUUACGUCAGCAGACAUUACUCCCACAGUAUAGGUGAGUUCGUAACAGUAAUCGUUUUCCAAAAGGAGAGCCCUCUAAAUUAAACUGGUUUAAACUUUUCAAUAUUUCGACUGUCGCGAUCUGUGCUUCAUGCUCAAUACAGACAAUCCUCUCCCCUUUCUCUUAACAGGACUCUAAAUCUUUAAAUGUGUUCAUAUUCUGUCCGGGAAAUCGAAGAACAGUCUCCUGCUUGGGUAUUUCCCGAGAUCAUCUGCAUACUCCACAAACUAGUCUUAGGAAUCUGUACGUGAGAUGCGAUUCUUCAUCAAACCGCAAAGGCUGCAUUUUAGGACAACGGUCUUACGCGGGUUGCAUGGGGGUGCUGUGGUUAAUAUUGCUACCUCUUAUCGCUGGGGCCUUGGAUUCAAUUCCUGAGGUGCCAUGUGCGCGGAAUUUGUAUGUUUUCCCCGUGUUCUCGUGGGUUUCCACAGGGUCGGUUUCCUCCCGCAGUCCAAAGACAUUCUGGUGGGUUAUUUGGCUUCUGGGAGAAAAGCCCCCGGUAAUACCAGUGGUAUGAGUGCGUGUGUGGCUGUAUUUGUGUCUGUCUGCCCUGUGACCCGUCCAGGGUGUACCCUGCCUUGUGCCCGUUGCCUGCCGGAAUGGUCACCGGCUUCUUCGUGACCCUGAACUGGAAGAAACGAUUGGAAAACCGAUAGAUGGAUCUUAAUUUCCCUCCCUUAAGAUCACUAAACACAUCACACACUUUGGUGAGUUACAAGUUCCUAAUCUCCCCCUCCCCCACUAAAAAUAGGAUUAUAUAUAUAUUUCCUUUGGCCAGUUAUGAACCAUUUUUUUUCAUCGUUUAUUUUUCUCAUUGCAAAGAAUAACUAGGAACACACACAAUUCCAGGCAAAUAAAAGUCCCUGAUUAAAAUUUUUGUAAAUAAAAAUAAAAGAUAGGAAGAAAUAGGUAUCAAAAGAAGAGACACGUUGGGCAACCAACCCCAAAACCGCAAAAUUAUUUUCAUAUUAUCACAACGUCGUAAUAAAAUAAAACCGUAGCUGUUUGCAGUCUUUUUACUCUGAUUCACUGUUGCAAAAAUCUUAAAGGUGUAGGACAUAGAACACAGAUUAUUUUUGUAUGAACAUAAAUCAACAUAUUAAAAAACUUGGUCUGAUAGAAAUGACCGAAAUAGCGAAGGGGGGAAAUGAAUGGAUCUUCAACCUAAAGCCACUUACAGAAAUGAAGUCAGAUAUAUUCUCACAAUUUCAAAUGCAGCCAUUAACCACAUAGAAAUACAGAGGUCGGUGCAUAGAUUUUUUUCCCCGUCUUCCUGCGUGACAGCGUAACAAAGCCGUACUUGGUCACGGAAAUCAAAAUUUCGCAAACGUCUUGUCGCUGUCGUUAGAGUGUGCCCCGUCUGUUAAGCACGUUUUCUGGUAAUGACUGCGAAGUAUCAGAUUACACCCUAAGGCAGCCCUCCUUGCCUCUACACUUCGCGCCUCUCGGUCCCUUGGCGUGUGUGUAUGAGGUGGGAGAUUGGCUAUUAACCAUUGCAUGUCAUGAGCAAAACGGAAUCGCUGACGUCUGAGUAGAAAACUAACUUUCAAGUAUUCCAGUCAAGCAACUUGUUGAUUAAGGAGGCUGGAAUGAAAACCCGCGGGUCUGUGGGCCUUCUGGACCAGGAUUGGGAACCCCUGUGUUAGGCUACGGUUAAUGCUGUGGCACAAUUGGAAAACAUGAUAAUGAUAGAUAAGUUAGCAGUCCCAUUGCGGCAGGUGAUGUGGGCUUGUCACCGCAAUUUUGAUCCCUUUCUAUAAACCAGAUGACGUCUUAUUUUAAAUCUAUUUCUACCAGAAAGAAUUGCUUUGGCUUUUCAUUGAUGUGGAAUUUGGAACAGCCAACAAACAUAUAAUGAAAGUCAAUAGGGAGUUCCGCCAAAUAUAGGAACGCAAAUAAAAUACAUAUGUGUGAUAAUUUAAGCAGAACUGAUGGUCCUAAACCAUCUAAAAUUCUACCCAGCGCAGCUGUGUGGAUCGAGUUACACUGACAGCCUCCACGUACAAUAAAAAAAAACAACACUUCUGUGAUAGUAAACGCGUCAGAGAGCUAGAGAACACUUGUCUUUUUGGACAUUUUUAAAUUUAUUGUUUGACCUUAUAUUGCAUUUGUUUAAUAAAGUUUAGUAAGCAUGUAUUUGUUUUCUUCAUUUAGGUGACUCUCCGUAUUACACCAAUCAUAAGCAAUAAGCAACAACGACCUGAAUCUUUUUUUUUUCAAUUUUUUCCCAUGCAAUUUGCAUGACAUCAUUUUUAAGUAGACGCUUCUAAGAGAUUUUUACAUUUUACAAGGAAAGCAUGAUGUUUUAAAAUAUGCUGGUAUUCUCCUUGUAUGUUUCUGCGGCAGGAAAAAAAGGAAAAACUAAAGGAAGAAAUAAACCCUUUUGUUUCGGCCUGGCAACCACAGGACGCAUAUUUUCUAGCUGCGGGAGUAAUUAAGAGUGGCAAAGAGCGCUAGCUUACCCGGGAAACCAGCGGACUGGCUACGUCACCCAAGCAAACCCCCAUCAACAGCCAAUAAGGGGUGCGCCCUGGCAAGUAAAUAAACGCAUGUGGCAGUUGCCUUUAGGUUUAGAUACUGAGCGCAUCAGGGCAAAUUUGUGAAUGGCAGAGCUCCAUCGGUUAUAAUCGCCUUAAAAAAAUAAAAUGGUGGCAUUUAGUUUCUUGGAAGACGGAGUCAUGAAGAAACCUAGCCCGUGUAAAAGAAAAAGAAGUCACGGCGCCUCUCCUGCCAAAGAAGAUGUAACACCCGAGGACAGAACUGAAGCGCUGUCGAUCGCCUCUGCCAAUCUGCGAGCUCCGUGUAAAAAGACGAAAUACCCGAGGCACAGAAAGCAGAUGAUAGAGUCGGUACUAAGUGAUUCAGGCUUUCACGAGGGCAUCUUAACUCCGUGCUCUACUCCCUCGUCCGGGUCGUCAUCACGGAUCAGCCCACGACUGACAGACUCGCAGUCCCCUUACUCUCCCCUGUUGGACUGGCAGAUCUUCAAGGAAUACGGGGAGACGUGCUACUGCGUUCAAAAAAACAAAGAGAAGAGGUUCCAUCCGGUUAACUGUUUAGCAUUUCAGUCACAAAUUACAGCAGAAGCCCGGUGCAAGCUGGUCAGUUGGCUGAUUCCCGUCCACAGGCAUUUCAAUCUGUCUUUCGAAUCGUGCUGCCUUGCGAUCAACAUCAUGGACCGGUUUCUCGCCACCACGCCCGUGGCUUCAGACUGCUUCCAGCUCCUGGGAGUGACCUCUCUUCUGAUCGCCUGCAAGCAGGUAGAAGUGUACCCGCCGCGGAUAAAGCAGCUACUCGCAUUGUGUUGUGGUGCCUUCUCAAAAGAUCAGCUGUGCAAUCUGGAGUGCAUUGUCUUGAUCAGAUUGAACUUUAGCCUGACAGCUCCGACGGUUGCCUUCUUUAUUGAACAUUUCACGAAUCACAGAUUGGAAGGUGGAGAGGUGUUUAGACAAAGCGUCUCGAGCCCUGGGAAAUCUAAAAGUUUGGCGAAGAAGAUCGCAGAACUCAGUCUGGCCGAUUAUUCAUUCAACCGAUACCCUCCCUCUCUUCUGGCCGUUUGCGCGAUACAACUGGCUGACAACAUGCUUGGUCUUCACCACCCAACAGACUUGGAACAGAAUGAUUAUCCACUCAGUGUAACCGAAGAGUGCUUAAAAAACCUGAAACUCCUGGUUUCCCUCAAUGAAGAUGUAUUACGCUCCAUGGCUGAAUUGUAAAACAUCUUAUUUCACUAGUUUUUCGUUUGAGUUCGUCCGACUGUCAGACAGCAGUGUGCGCCAGUGGUAACCACAUGACGUGUGUCUUGAAAUCCCUAGUGAUACGCUGCUGUUAUAGCCUAUGAAAGUCAGGUACUUUAUUGAAGCUGCUCUAGGAAAUACCCCACUGCAUAAAAUGUUGCUCUCCAGGUCGUCAUUGUAAAUUAUCCUGUAAAAACGCCUCAACAGAGGAUUUAAAAAUAAAAAAAAAUGAAUCGUACCCAGUACCUCAAGUUCGUUUACAGAAACGUUAAUAUCUAGUCCUUAAAUUUCAUUUUUUUUUAACUGUACUUAAAUUUGAAGUUGUUGAAAUGUUAAAAUACGUUUCUCUUAUUUUGCGAUGAAGAGCGAAAAUAAGAGCUGGUGUAUCCGUGUAGGUUGUUUUUAAAAUCAAAUCUCUCUAGGUCAGAAUACACUGUGUUAGUACUAAAAGGGGGGCAAUACAAAUGAAACUGGUUAGAAAGAGCAAUAUUGUCAGUAAAUCCUAUAAGAUGGCAUUUGUUAUACGAUUUUGAAGGCAAAUAUCCUUUAAGAAUUUGGACGCUUAAGGAAGGUAUCACUGUAUGCGUCAUAAUCAUUUAUGUUUCAAAGGAACAAGUAAAGGUUUAUUCCAAUGCCAAAAAGAGAAGAAAGGCACAUUAUUUUGGCUG